AUGACUUUAACGGUCGAUCAACCUCCUGUGUCUGGUACCCUUGCCCAACGGAUUCGUCGCAGGCGUAACGCAGAUAGGAUUGCCGCCACUCGAGCUCGAUUUUACGGUGGGCAGGUGGCCAACCGAAAUUCUGUAAGGCGCCAGCAGCAACAUCAAGAAGGUGUCAGCGACACCAUCAUGAACAACAAUGACCAUUUCAAUUCAACCGAAGAUGAUCCUGUUGAUUUCACCGUACAUGAAGACCCAACUGACGACACCGAUUGGAUCACUAUCCCUGCUGAUGACGACGACGACUUUGACCGAGCUGCCUUUGCUGAUCGGGAAAGGUGGCGACAGGAGGCCAAGGAGGUCAACUGGAACACUGUCCUUGAACCGCUUCAUGCAUAUUACAUGGACUUGAAGGCACGGACUAAGAAUUGGACUGACCGGGCAAACUCUUACAACGACCAUACAAAUUGCAAAUGUGCCCCUCACCUACUCACACACAGAAUGGUGGACCUCGUCGACAUCCAUGGGGCCCAACCUUUUACCCUCGCACUCAAUGAAUGGUUGGAACCUCGAUCAGAACGUCUACAUGCCCGUGGGAAGAAGCACGCUCGUGAGCUCCGGAAGCCCUUCUCUGCCACUGUCGACCUGUAUCGAACGUUGGAGAACAUGACAGACGAGCUGGUAUUCAAGGCUUUACGGUUGGAUCCCCAAGAAAUUCUUGCAUCUGAAAAUUGUCCAGCUUGUUUUGGCCCCCGCCCGCCCAACGCUGAAGACUACCCGUCCCAUACGCGAGAUAAGCUCAUUGUAUGUCUUGACGGUAACUUUCAGCAUCGUCACCAUACCAAAGCCAGCCGCGACUAUCGACCAAUAGAGACCCCUCGAAUUUUCCUCCCUCCGAGUGAAUUUGCAAACAUGAAAACGACUAUCCGAGAUAAAGAGAUUGAACUAAGUCCCCCAGCAAGGUACUCAAAAAUGACUCAGCAGGCCGAUCGAUGUGCCGAUUCCCACAAGGCUGCUGACGAUAAGCGAAAUGAGUCGACAUGGAAGGGCUGCGAUGACACAGGGCUCAUCGGCUGCUGCUGUCGCCAUGACUCAGCAAUACACAUGGGUAAUAUUUACAAAUCUGGCGAGCAACGGUGCCUGCCAAUUGCCAUCAUCAACAAGUUAUUGGCCGAGUGCGAGGGUGAACGUCAAAUCGGCAUCCUUUAUGACAUUGGCUGUUCUCUCGACAAGUACAUGCGUGCGAGGGACCUCCUAGGCGAACAUCGGUCUCGACUCUCGUUUGGGACCUCAGUGUUUCAUGCAUACGUGCACAACUGGAUAUGCCAACUUGAUUAUCAUCCACGACUUAACAAUGGUUGGGGCCUCUCAGACGGAGAGGGCCUUGAACGCUUAUGGUCAUACUUAUCUCCCUUGGUCAGCCCAUUGAGGUAUUCUACUCGCAACCACCGCUUAGCUUCAAUUGCCCAUCGGUUAAAGUAUCACAACUGGAAGGGCAAACGGGAUCUACCUGCAUGGUUAAAAAGGAAAUUCAAUGCAGCACUCAAGCGACGAGAUGAAGCAAGAUUGGUACUGAGGGGCCUCCAGGAGAUACAAAACCCCUACGCGGCAUCUGGUGUGACUUACACAAAGUCAUUUUUUGAGUUUCAGUGGCGAGAACAAUGUGCAUUUCAAAAACAACAUACCGAAGUUGAACAAGAGCGUCGAAGUAAAUUAGUCAGCCUGUACAAACAAGAGGCUGUUGUGGAACUCUUACGAACGCGGCUCAGAGGGCCUGAGAUUUUUCUAGCAACCGAACAGCAGGUCUUGGAUCUUCUGGCAUCGAUUAAUGAGCACUCAGAACAACUAAGGCGCCAGCUGGAUGAACUCACUGGCGAGCAUGGGAUGCAGGCUGUCAUGAAUGAUGAGGAGUCAAAGCUUCUCUUGCUGCUUUGGGAUGCCAAAGCAGAUUUGUUUGUUCAGGCAGUGCACAUUCAAGCCGAGAACAGACCAAUUACCGAUUCAAAAACAAUCGGCGCUCACCUAGGCACCAAGCUCAAAGAGAAAAUCUUCAAGGCUUCACAAGCCAGAAGGCCAGCAGUGAAGAAGCACAUCGACCAUUUCAAUCGGUGCUACUUGAACUACGUUACGAAAUUCCCCGACCAAACCUUGAGUGAUGCGGCCGACUAUCCCCUGACGUAUGAUAACUUUGUUGCUUUCCCACUCGAUCAUCGCUUUUGGAAUGAUGGGUUAUACUAUCAUUCCAAAGCCCCAUGGGCAAUUGAUGCAGAUGUCCGUGCGGGUAUAACAGCGAUGUUAAAUCUGAGUCGUGUCCAAGAGGAGUUCCAACUCUUGGCUCAAGAGUUGUGCCGAGCGAUUGGCUGGGGUGUUUCUUACUACAAUCGGUUGACACAGACGAUUGACUACCUCACUGGGCGUGUGGAAGCCUUCAAUCUAGAUGUGGAGCCUCGACCAGAUCAUAUUGAUUCAUUGUCCUUAUACAAGUUUCCAAGAAAGCAUAAAUACAAAGUUAUCUUGAGAGAACUGCGGCGCCGACUAGCCUCUCAUGGAACUCUGAUGGACGAGUGGUCUGAGAAGGUUCUCUGGCUCUGGGAUCGAUGCCAACCUGCGGGGAACCAGGGGUUCAUAUUGACGUGGACCGAUAUGAUGGAUAAGAUCAAUCGCAGCAACACAAUCAACUCAGAUGUCCUAGCAGGUGUAGAUGAGGAAUAUGAGGAAACAGUGCUUGAGGUUGAUUUGGAUGAUGGGGAAGAUGCGGAGGCAACAUUAAUAUCUUCACUGGGUGGUGAUGGCGCCUCGGCAGGUGUCAAUGCAGGGCACCCAGUUGAUCUUCCUUGA